AUGGUCGCCAAGUCAAUCGAAAAAACGAAAAUCCCCUUGGAGUUUCCGUAUCACUCGCUCCGCGUGACCAAUCCAGAGGGGUUGGGUAUCGACCCGAGCGUGAAACAGCACUCUGGGUACUUGGACAUCCUGGACGAAGACAAACACUUUUUCUACUACUUUGUGGAGUCUCGAAACGACCCCUUGACUGACCCUGUGCUUUUGUGGAUCAAUGGUGGCCCCGGGUGCUCGUCAAUGACGGGACUAUUCUUUGAGCUCGGGCCGGCAAAGAUCUCGCAGGGCUUAAAGCCAAUUCACAAUCCCCACUCGUGGAACUCCAACGCCAGCGUAAUCUUCUUGGAACAACCCGUGGGUGUGGGCUACUCGUACUCGUCGGGGUCAGUGAUUUCGACUGAAGCCUCUGCCGCCGACAUGUACGCAUUCAUGGAGCUCUUCUUCGCCCGGUUCCCCCACUUUCGUCUGAACAACUUCCAUAUCUCGGGCGAGCUGUACGCGGGCCACUACAUUCCGCAGUUUGCGGCAGAAAUCUUGAAGCACCCACACCGGACGUUCAACUUGAGCUCGGUGAUUAUCGGAAACGGAAUCACGGACUCGCUCACGCAGUACGCGUGGUACGAGCCUAUGGCCUGUGGCCGUGGUGGCUACCAUGCGGUACUCUCACCAGAGAAGUGCGCAUCCAUGCGCGCAGCGUAUCCUGCCUGUGCCCAGCUAGUACAGCAUUGCUACGACGACCCCUCGGUAUUCACGUGCGUUCCGGCGGACGUCUACUGCCUGGAGCAUAUCAAGGGUGCGCUCACCCAGGAGACGGACCUCAACCCAUACGACCUUCGUAGAAAGUGCAUGGGCGACGGUUGCUACGUGGAGGGUGAGUAUAUCACGGCUUACAUGAACUUGGACGAGGUGAAAAAGGCUCUAGGGGCUGACACCCACCGGGUGUUUCAGCUGUGUAGUAAUGACGUGCUGCAGGGUUUUAUAGGCUCCGGCGACCGCACCAAGCCGUACAUGCAGUAUGUUGCCCAGGUUCUCGACGCCGGGAUCCCAGUGUUGCUCUACGCAGGCGACAAAGACUAUCAGUGCAACUGGAUGGGCAACCUUGCGUGGGCCGAAAAGCUUCAAUAUAAGCAUCACAAACAGUUCCACAAGGCACAGUUAAGACCGUGGUAUAACGGGGAGGUAAGGGCCGGGGAAGUGAAAAGCUAUGACAAAUUCACAUACUUGAGGGUCUUUGAUGCCGGGCACAUGGUUCCGUUUGACCAGCCAGAAAAUUCGUUGGAUAUGGUGAAUCGGUGGAUCGCGGGAGACUAUCUGUUUGGGUAUUAG